AUGGGGUACAAAGAAGAAGGCGUCUCUUCGGAGAUGCCUGUCAAGUAUGAAAUGUCCAACGAUGUCAAAGCUGCUGAGGAGGGUGUGACGGAGUCUCAACCCCAUGUCGACCUUCAUCGGGGUCUCAAGUCCCGUCACAUCACCAUGAUUGCCAUUGGUGGUGCUAUUGGCACUGGUCUCAUCAUCGGAACUGGAGGUGCUCUUGCAAAGGCUGGCCCUGGUUCUAUCCUCAUCUCCUACUCUUUCGUCGGUUUCAUCGUCUAUCUGGUCAUGUGUGGUCUUGGAGAAAUGGCCACUUGGUUGCCCAUGCCCUCCGGUUUCACUGGUUAUGCUGUCCGUUUCUGUGACCCUGCUCUUGGAUUCGCCAUUGGUUGGACGUAUUGGUUCAAAUAUAUUAUUGUCACACCGAACCAGUUAACGGCCGGCGCGCUGGUCAUAUCAUUCUGGAUCGAUGCUUCACGAGUCAAUGCAGGCGUGUGGAUCACCGUUUUCCUGGUGUUGAUUAUUUCCAUCAACUACUUUGGUAUCCGGUUCUUCGGUGAAUUUGAGUUCUGGCUGUCCUCCUUCAAAGUGGUCGUCAUUGUCGGCCUGAUUUUGCUCUCCUUCAUUCUGAUGCUGGGCGGCGGCCCCGAUCACGACCGCAGGGGCUUCCGGUACUGGAAGGAGCCCGGUGCGUUCAACUGGUACAUUGAGGAUUCGGCCGCGGGUCGUUUCUAUGCCUUCUGGGCGACCAUGGUCUCGGCCACGUUCGCUUAUCUGGGUACCGAACUGGUCGGAGUGACCGUCGGCGAGGCCGAGAACCCACGCAAGACGAUCCCGCGCGCCAUCAAGCUCACCUUCUACCGUAUCCUCUUCUUUUACGUGAUCAGCGUUCUGCUCGUCGGCACCCUGGUCCCCUACGACUCCAAGAGCCUGGUCUUCGCGACCAAGAAAGCCAGCUCCGCAGCUGCCUCCCCCUUCGUCGUCGCGAUCGAGUUGGCCGGCAUUCGCAUCCUUCCCCACAUCCUCAACGCCUGCAUCCUCCUCUUCGUCUUCUCCGCCGCUAACUCGGACCUUUACAUCGCCACUCGUACCAUUUAUGGUCUCGCGCGCGAGGGCAAAGCGCCCGCCAUCUUCGCCCGCACCGACCGCCGCGGCGUCCCCAUCUAUGCCCUCGCCAUCUCCUCCUGCUUCGCCUGCCUGGCCUACAUGAACGUCUCCAGUGACUCCAAGACCGUCUUCAAAUACUUUGUGGAUCUGGUCACCAUUUUUGGCCUCCUCACCUGGAUCUCCCUGCUCGUCACCCACAUCUACUUCAUUCGCGCCCGCAAAGCCCAGCACGUCCCUGACUCUGACCUCGUAUACACAGCCCCCUUCGGCGCCGCAGGCUCCUACUUCGCCCUCGUCUUCUGCUGCAUCAUUGCCCUCACUAAGAGCUACGACGUCUUCGUCCAUAGCGACACCUAUGGCAACUUCAACUACAAGGGCUUCAUCACCGCGUACCUUGGUAUCCCCCUCUACUUCUGCCUCAUCUUCGGGUACAAGCUCUUCACUCGCUGCAAGGGCGUCAAGCCCGAGGAGGCGGAUCUGUGGUCAGGCAAGGACGAGAUCGACCGCGAGGAGGCGGAGUACCUGGCUCGCAAGGCGAUGGAAGAGCCAACCGGUAAGCGUGGGAACUGGUUCUAUCAGACAUUUGUGGCGUGGUUGUUCUAG